AUGAUUUGUUCUGCCGAACAGGUAAUCCAGAAUAGGAAGGAACUAGGUGCCAAGUUAGAUAAUCAGUCACGUAAACGUUCAGUCAAACCCUCUGUCGACUCAGACGAGGAUUUCGAGCAAGCACCUAAGUUUAAGACUCAACCCAAAUCAUCUGAUCCACCCAAACCAUCUGAUCCAACCAAAUCAUCAACUCAACCCAAACCAUCUGAUCCACCCAAAUCAUCAGCUCAACCCAAAUCAUCUGAUCCACCCAAACCAUCUGAUCCAACCAAAUCAUCAACUCAACCCAAACCAUCUGAUCCACCCAAACCAUCAGCUCAACCCAAAUCAGCUGAUCCACCCAAACCAUCUGAUCCAACCAAACCAUCAGCUCAACCCAAACCAUCAGCUCAACCCAAAUCAUCAGCUCAACCCAAAUCAUCAGCUCAACCCAAAUCAUCAGCUCAACCCAAAUCAUCAACUCAACCCAAACCAUCUGAUCCACCCAAAUCAUCAGCUCAACCCAAAUCAUCAGCUCAACCCAAAUCGUCAGCUCAACCCAAAUCAUCAGCUCAACCCAAAUCAUCUGAUCCACCCAUCUCAUCAGCCUCAUCUUGUUCACCUCAGUCACGUACUGACGAUGGAGUUAGCAGGAUCCAGCCGGUUGACCCUAAUCACACCACACCUCCCAGAUUUGGUACAGUUGAACAUGUUGCAUAUUAUCUUUCCCAGCUUAAAUCUACAGACCCUGAUGUUAAGGCUAUUUUAGAUGAGUACAAAACCAAGAUGUUAUGUCGAGAAAAGGAUCAUUUCAAGUACAAAAUUGAUAGGAAGUCUAAGCCCGCACCUAGUGUUGAUAAAAGUAAGCGCCCAGUACUUGAUAUAUUUGAUUUUGAACCGUCCUCAGGCUUUAAGAGAGCACAGCCGUCACAAGCUGGUGCUAAGCGUAAGAAGAUUAAGGUGCAGGGUAAUUCUUAUGAUUGUGGUCCUUUGGCUUUAGGUUUCUUGUGGGCAUUAUCUAAGGGACAUCAUCCCCGUCAGUACGAGCACUUAAGAGGCCCAAUGAUCCGCUCUAAGGUCUAA